UGAAUUCGAAUAAAUACAACUCCAAUGAAGCCAACGUAAGCUUGUUAACAAAUAGAAAAACACAAAUCUGGGGACCUAUUUGAAUAAAGUGUGUUUAACUAUUCAUCCCUUUUUCUCAAAAGGGAACGAGAUAGAAAUCCAACACUCAACCUUAAGAAACGCAAGCAACAAAGUACUGCCAUGUCGUUUUGCAGAUUUCAACCCCUCCUGUACCUGUGCUUGUAUUUCUCCUUCUUUCAACUGUCACACUUCCCUCCUUUUAUAGCUUCUCUGACCUCUCCUUAUUCUGCACCACCUUCUUCAUUCUUACAUCACAUUUCUGAUUUCUUUCUCUUUGUCAAUUUCACAAACACUUUUCACGCACUUUCUCACUCUGCAUUUUCUCUCUUUCAUGCUUGCUUUUCUUCUUCUGUAAAUGGCCAACCACCGUCUCUGCUUCUGCUUCUGCGUUUUUAUACUUCUCUUCUUUCUUCUUCCUUCUCCGUCGCUUCAGCAAUCUCCAAAGCUCAAUUUCUCGGAUCUCAAAGCUCUUUUCGCCAUCAAGAACUCCCUCACUUCCAUUUACAACACUAGAAAUUCCUUCUUCUCCACCUGGGACUUCACCUCGCCAGACCCCUGCUCUUCCUUCUCCGGCGUCACUUGCUCUCUCUUACAUCCUUCUUCCCUCCGAGUCACCAUUCUCUCACUCGGCAACUCACCUGGACUGGCCGGCUCUCUCCCUGCCGCCAUCUCCGGACUCACCGAGCUGACUCAACUCAUCCUCGCCCCCGGCAUCGUCACUGGUUCCAUCCCUCCCGAAAUCGGGAAACUCGCUAAGCUUCGAGUAAUUUCCUUACCCAGUAACCGCUUCACCGGCAGUAUACCCGCCACAUUCUCCUCCUUGAACUGCCUCCACACACUCGAUCUGAGUCAUAACCAACUCACCGGGUCAGUCCCGCCAGGUCUAACCGAGUUACCGGAACUCAAAGUCCUCAUAUUAGCCUUCAACUCCAUCUCCGGCGAGUUAUCGCCAAUCUCCUCCCAACUCCUCCAUUUAGAUUUGAAGAACAACGUCCUCACCGGACCGUUACCGCCGUCGCUGCCGUCAUCCCUCCGUUAUCUUUCGCUGUCGAACAAUCGCAUGUGGGGUCCACUCAACGGCUUAGCUACUCUCACUGAGUUAACGUUCCUUGACUUGAGCAUGAAUCAGUUUAGUGGGACCAUACCGGGCCCACUAUUCUUCAUCCCCUCACUCUCGUCGCUUUUCUUGCAACGGAACAAUCUAUCAGGUGGGAUACCGCAAAAGGAUCAGGGACCGCUAAUUUCGACGCCGCCAUCGUACGGUCAGGGAUCAAUCGUAGACUUGAGCCACAAUUUUUUGACCGGCGAGUUAUCAACGGUUCUGGAUGGGGUUGAGAGCCUGUUCUUGAAUAACAACCGUUUGAUGGGAACGGUGCCGGAGGAGUACGCUAAGAGCGUGUGCCGUGGCAGCACCAAAACAUUGUACCUUCAGCAUAACUACUUGACAGGGUUUCCCCACCCGGACGUGGUGCCCGAUACGGCGUCGUUGUGCUUGUCUUACAAUUGCAUGGUGCCGCCGCUGUGGGGGGUGAUGACGUGUCCGGCGAGUAGUGGUGGCCCGAUGUCGAGGCCCACAGCUCAAUGUUCAGUGUUCAACAAUGGCAGCUCAAAAGGCUAAUACAGAAAUUUGUGCGUCGUUCAUAAGUUAGGGUUGGUGCGGCUUAUAUGUAUUUAUAUACACGUUUGAAUUGUAUCAUCCAAAGAAAUAUAUUAAUCGGAUGGUAAAUUUUAUAAA